AUGAUUUAUGAACUAAGAUUUUUUACGUAUAUUAAUUUAAAUAAUUAAAAUGAACGCAAUGUGUUCCAUUACUCAGACGAGAUAGUUUUAAUGAGGAGGAGCAGCUAUAUUAACACACUAACCAAUAACUGGUGUUAAGCUGAGGCUGACACCGAUCCCAAUAUAAUAGACUCAAAAAGCCCCUCAAUUAAAAAGAAAAGACAAGGCCGAUACAAGAAUGUUCCCUACACCUUUGGUCGACACUUCAGGAAUUGGAUUGUGACUGAGGUUGACUCCAUUCGAUGUCCAGUUGUUUAAAAAUUCAUCUCCAAACGUAAGACUAAUCCUAGAUAUCAUGACAGCUUUAAGGAUUUUAAUGAACUAUUCCAACACUCAGGUAUUGGUAGAUAACUAGGUUAAAUCUUUUUUGGACAAAAGAAAUGGGUGCAAUACUUACUUGAGAAUGAAAGAGUAGAUGGUUUAUAAAUAUACUUUGAAGUUGAAAAGUACUUAUUACGAAGCCGCCCCUUAAAGGAGCCAAAAUCACUGAACAAAAGGUGAGAAAUCUUUGAAAACUUUUUAUAUUUAUUUUUGGUUGUACAUUCCCUCAAUGUAUUAUAUUUAUAA